AUGAAUGAUGAAUUCGAUUCAACAUCAAUGAUUAAUAAUGAAAAACGAACAUCAGCUGCUAAACUUGUUAAUCAAUUAUAUUUUUUUCCGAUUAGAUAUAUACUUAAUAUGGAUGAUAUUACAUAUCUUUUAUCUUUAUGUGAGCACGGUGAUCUAUAUUUACGUGGUGCAUGUGCAAAUUUUCUUGCUACAUUAAUUCCAACAACAAUUCAUCUUUUAACACUAUCAUCAUUAUCAAAUUCAUUUAAUAAUUCUUUUAUUAAUCAAUGUUCACUUGUAUCAACUGAUUCACAAGAUAGUUCAAGAUUAUAUGUCUUAAUGAUAAUAAUGCACGUUCAUGCAUUUACAAUCAUAGGAAUUAAAUUAUUAGAAGAUUCUAUUCAACAUACUACAAGUUCCUGUAUUCUUGCUGAAUUUGCUCUAGCUCAACUUAUGGAUGAUAUUGAUUUUCGAAUAUUAACUUAUCUUGAACAACAAUUAAAACAACAGUACCCUGAUAUACGUGUUCGUCAAGCAAUUGCUUCGACUUUUGUUAAUCUUAAAAAAUAUGUUAAUACAAAUGAAAGUGAUUUUCAAAUUGCUGUACUCGAUUUACUUGUUCAAUUAUUUUUAAUUCGUGUUAAUUAUAGUUAA